CCCCUUUCACCAUUUCUCCUCGAAGGCUCUUCCCCCGGGCUGGGGCCGAGCCGGUCUCCACCCCCGCCUCUCCCCUGCCCCCGCCACCCUAUGGCGAGAGGGAGCCCCCUCCCCGGGGCUCCGGCGGCGGCGGCGGCGGGCUCAGGCCCGGGGUCGUCAGGGAACUGACUCGCUGACGACCCCGGCCAGAGCCUUGCGUCCCGCUGCGCCCCGCGACCCCGGCUCGGCUCCCCUUCUCCCUCUUUGGCCGGUCCGGUCCUCUGCGCGCCCCGCCGCCCGGUGCGGAGGGAAGGAGGAGGUGACGCCCCGGAUGCCCCCGCGUCACCCCUGGGAGGCCUACUGCUCCGCUGGGGAGGAAGAGGAGGAGGACACCGAAGAGGAGGUGGAGGUAGUUGCAUCAAACUGGGUGACAGGCAGAUCCAAAGGAUAUCAUGAAGUUUCCAGUCCCUUUGGAAAACCACAGAUUGUCUUUUUUACUGGAAAAGGCAAUCUCUAGAGAAGCCCAGAUGUGGAAGGUGAAUGUGCCGAAAAUGCCUACAAAUCAGAGUGUUUCUCCAUCCCAGAGAGAUGAAGUAAUUCAGUGGCUAGCCAAACUCAAGUACCAGUUCAACCUAUACCCAGAAACAUUUGCUUUGGCUAGCAGUCUUUUGGACAGGUUUUUAGCUACUGUAAAGGCCCACCCAAAAUACUUGAGUUGUAUUGCAAUUAGUUGCUUUUUCCUGGCUGCCAAGACUGUUGAAGAGGAUGAGAAAAUUCCGGUACUGAAGGUAUUGGCAAGAGACAGUUUCUGUGGAUGUUCCUCUUCUGAGAUUUUGAGAAUGGAGAGAAUUAUUCUGGAUAAAUUGAAUUGGGAUCUUCACACAGCCACACCAUUGGAUUUUCUUCACAUUUUCCAUGCCAUUGCAGUGUCAACUAGGCCUCAGUUACUUUUCAGUUUGCCCACGUUGAGCCCAUCUCAGCAUUUGGCCAGCCUCACCAAACAGCUGCUUCACUGUAUGGCCUGCAGCCAACUUCUGCAGUUUAAAGGAUCCAUGCUUGCCCUGGCCAUGGUUAGCUUGGAAAUGGAGAAACUCAUUCCUGAUUGGCUUCCUCUUACAAUUGAACUGCUUCAGAAAGCACAGUGUUGUGUUUUCUCUCUGGUCCAGAUGGAGAGCUCCCAGUUGAUCCACUGUCGAGAGCGGGUGGCCCAUCACCUUUCUACUCCGCAGUCUUCCCUGCCUCUAAAUUCCGUGUAUGUCUACCGUUCCCUCAAGCACACCCUGGUAACCUGUGACAAAGGAGCGUUCAGAUUACAUCCCUCCUCUGUCUCAGGCCCAGAUUUCUCCAAGGACAACAGCAAGCCAGAAGUGCCAGUGAGAGGUACAGCAGCCUUCUACCAUUCUCUCCCAGCUGCUGGUGGGUGCAAGCACGCCUCUGCUAAACGCAAAGUGGAGGAAAUGGAAGUAGAUGACUUCUAUGAUGGGAUCAAGCGACUCUAUAAUGAAGACAGUGCUGCAGAAAGUGUAGGUCCUGUGUUUGGCACAGAUUUAUCAAGGCAAGAGGGACAUGCUUCCCCUUGUCCACCUUUGCAGCCUGUUACUGUUAUGUAGUUUCAACGUGUGUUACCUUCCAGUGCAAACAAAGAUUGCCUACUUUGGGAACAAACUGUAAAACUAGGAGAGGCUAUGGUGGAAUGUGUACCUUAUCAGGCUGAUUUGAAGUGAGCCAGAAAAAACACACCCUCAUUUACUUAUGCAAUUAAUUAUAAUUUAGCAUUGUUUGAAAGCAAAAAAAUAUUUACCAAAACAUUUUUUAAAAGUAAAUUUCUUUGUAGUAUGUCAGUUUAUGCUCUUUCAUGCUAAAAUGUAUUUUGUUCCAUUUCAAAAAAUUGUUGGAAAAAUUCCAGAAUUAACAGCUGUAAGCCCUUUCCCCCAGCCUUGUGAUUUUUCUUUUUCUUUUGUUUUUCUAUGGAAUGCUUAAUGAAUUUUAUGCUCAUUGAUCUAUGUUUUCUGCCUUCCACUAGAUAGGUACU